UUCAGCCACUCCCUGUGAGCUGCAUAAAAAGGCAGAAGAGACGAACCUGAACUCCAUCCUGCAUCAAACUCCUGCAGCAUCUUGAAGGUGACCUUCAUCAUGAUUCCAGCCGUCCUCUUCCUCCUUUUGCUCUCAAUGACAAAUGUCCUGCUGGGCAUACCAGUUGACUAUGAUGAUAAAUCUGAAAAACCCCUCAAGCUUCUUGAUGACAUCGUCAUCCCCGACAUUUGGGAGAGGAAUGCAGACCCAUGCACUGCCAUAGGCUGCAAGUGGCCCAAAACCGGACGCUUUGUAAAUGUGCCCUAUGAGAUCUCCUCUGACUACUCUAAGGAACAGCGCAAGUUCAUCAUUGAUUCCCUAGAGCAAUUACAUGGUGUCUCCUGCAUUCGUUUUGUCCCACGAAGCGAUCAACAUCGUGAUUACAUCCAUUUCUUUUCAGAAGAGGGAAGAGACGAACCUGAACUCCAUCCUGCAUCAAACUCCUGCAGCAUCUUGAAGGUGACCUUCAUCAUGAUUCCAGCCGUCCUCUUCCUCCUUUUGCUCUCAAUGACAAAUGUCCUGCUGGGCAUACCAGUUGACUAUGAUGAUAAAUCUGAAGAAACCCCCGAGCUGCUUGAUGACAUCGUCAUCCCCGACAUUCGGGCCAGGAAUGCAGUCCCAUGCACUGCCAUAGGCUGCAAGUGGCCCAAAACCGGACGCUUUGUAAAUGUGCCCUACGAGAUCUCCUCUGACUACUCUAAGGAACAGCGCAAGUUCAUCAUUGAUUCCCUAAAGAAAUUCCAUGAUGUCUCCUGCAUUCGUUUUGUCCCCCGAAGCGAUCAACAUCGUGAUUACAUCCAUAUCUUUUCAGGCAAGAAGUGUUCUUCCCCUAUAGGUCGUCAGAAGGGAGGACAGAAAAUCUCUCUGCGGAAAAGCAAGUGUUUGAAAGGCGCCACUGUGCAGCAUGAGGUUCUUCACGCUCUGGGCUUCAAACAUGAACAGGUCCGCUCCGACAGAGAUGACUACGUUGAGAUUCACUUCGAGAACAUCGAGGAAGGAAUGGCGCACAACUUUUUCAAAACGGACACCAACAACCUGGGGACUCCAUAUGACUUCAAUUCUAUCAUGGAAUAUGACAACACUGCCUUCUCCAAAAAUGGGAAACCAACAAUUGUUGCCAAACGCGACCCCAAGAUGAAGUUUGGACACGCCAAAGAAUUCAGCGUCAAUGACAUCGCCCGUGUCAACAAGCUUUAUAAGUGCUCCAAUCAGAAAUUCAUCUUUUGAAGACGCCGGCCUCCAGAAGCUGCAGCUGGUCAGAAGCUUCAUCACAGACCAAACUGAGCUAGCAUAAAAAAUAAUGUCUGCCUCUGUCCUUUUCUUAACAAACAGCUAGAAUUUAUGGUUUGGUUUUGGAAAAUGUUUUUUGCCACAAGGCGGAUCAGUGAUAGCCAAUUAGACAUAAACAGCAAGCAUCGCCACAUUUAUGUUUCUGCUUUAAUUUGCUUUGGUGUUUAAGUAAUUAAUAACUUAAAUUAAUUGCUUAAAUACUGAGGGAAAUGUUACAGGAAAAAUGGAAUUUCUUCUUUGCAGUUUUUGCUUAUGCAGCAAUGUAUUGAAUUUGCCUAAU